UUCUGUGCUUUAUCCCCCCAUUUUUGCUGAUCUGGGAUUUUUCAGAGGACGCCUACAAAAUCCGGAUCCGCAUCGACGACGAACCGGCCAACCUGGACAUCCUGGACACGGCGGGCCAGGCGGAGUUCACAGCCAUGAGGGAUCAGUACAUGCGUGCUGGUGAGGGGUUCAUCAUCUGUUACUCCAUCACGGACCGGCGCAGUUUCCACGAGGUUCGCGAUUUCAAGCAGCUCAUUUACCGCGUGCGCCGCAACGACGACACCCCCGUGGUGCUGGUGGGCAACAAAUCCGACCUCAGCCAGCUCAGACAG